GGCCUCUCUCCCUCCAAUCUGUGCGUUGCUCCCAGUCAGAGAAGGAGGCUGGACUGGAAAGGAAGGAGGGAGAGAGAGAGAGAAAGAAAGAAAGAAAGAGAGCGAAAGAGAGAGAGACAGAGGCGCCGGGAGAGGGCAGGCUGCCUUCUCUCCUCUCCAGACAGCGGGCAAAAGGAAGAAGGGAGCAAAACAGAUUGGAAGUGGAGCCAUGAUUUGUGGCAAAUGGAAAAAGUCCCGCUCGGAAAGCCACCGCCGUGGCCGACACCGCCACCACCAGCAACAGCCUCCUCCGCCGCCAACGGAGCCUCCGAUCCCAGCCCAAACCUAUGGAGGAGUCGCCGCCUCCGCUGCCAAGCUUUCCGGGCACCGCGCCUUUAAGAAGCUGGGCCUGACAGAUGAUGACGAUAUUAAAGUAAUGCUGAGAGGAUCGUUCUUCUGGAAAGUCAAGACACACAGGCCACGGAAGCAAAGGAUCUACCGGCUUCAAGAAGAUGGAAUGACGGUCUGGUUUGAGACCCGCUUUAAAAAGGCUUACUCCCAACAUGUCUUCUCCAUCCUGCAUAUUGAAAGUGUCCGGGAAGGUUUCCAAUCUGAAGGGCUUCGGAAAUAUGGUGGCUGUUUUCCUGAGAACCAGUGCUUCACGAUCGUCUUCCGGGGCAAGAGGAAAAACCUGGACUUAGCAGCCAUUAGUGUGAAUGAAGCUCAGCAGUGGGUGAGAGGACUCAAGAAGCUGAUGGCAAGAGGUGAAGCCAUGAGCCAGCGGGAAAAACUUGAGCAUUGGAUCCAUGAUAUGCUGCAUCAGGCUGACAAGAACAAAGACAACAAGAUGAGUUUCAAGGAGAUCAAGAACAUGUUGCGCAUGAUCAACAUUGACAUGAACGACAUCUAUGCCUAUAGGCUCUUCAAGGAGUGUGAUAGAUCUAACAACGACCGCUUGGAAGAAUACGAGAUUGAGGAGUUCUGCACACGGCUAAUGGAGCGUCCUGAGCUGAAGGAAAUCUUUCACCGUUACUCAGGAGAGGACUGUGUGCUGUCGGUUGAGGAGCUGCGGGAAUUCCUGCAUGACCAAGGGGAAGAAGCAACCAUCAAGAGGGCUAAUGAUAUUAUCCAAACUUAUGAGCUGAAUGAGAGAGCCAGGCAGCACAACCUCAUGAUGCUGGAUGGUUUCAUGAUGUACCUGCUGUCCUCUGCCGGAGACGUCCUCAACCAGAACCACACAGAGAUCUAUCAGGAUAUGAGCCAGCCGCUGUGCCAUUACUUCAUCUCCUCCUCCCACAACACCUACCUGACCGACAAUCAGAUUGGGGGAGCCAGCAGCACUGAGGCAUAUAUCCGGGCAUUGAUGAAAGGGUGCCGAUGUGUGGAGCUUGAUUGCUGGGAGGGCUCCAAUGGAGAGCCCAUCAUCUAUCAUGGUCACACACUCACCUCCAAGAUCCUUUUCCGGGAUGUCAUUGAAAGCAUCAGGGACUAUGCAUUCAAGCACUCCUCCUAUCCUCUGAUUCUCUCCCUGGAAAACCACUGUGGCCUAGAACAACAAUCCACAAUGGCCCGGCACAUGAAGGCUAUUUUGGGGGACAUGCUCUUGACCCAGCCACUGGAUGGAGAUGUGCCCAAACAACUCCCAUCACCAGAGCAGUUAAAGUGGAAGAUAUUGGUGAAGGGGAAGAAGCUGCCAGAGGGAAAGAACGAGCUUGACAGAAGCAACUUCAUCUCCAACCCUGAGGAAGAAAUGCAGGACGAUGAAGAUGAUCGGUCUAUAUCUUCUCUUCAAGAGAUCAAGCCAUUACAGGCAAAAGAUGCUAUACAGAUUUCACGGGAGCUGUCAGAUGUGGUUGUUUACUGCCAGGCUGUCCCCUUUCAAAGCUUGUCUCGUGCCCUGCAGAACCAGCAAUCUAAUGAGAUGUCAUCUUUCAGUGAGCGGAAAGCAAGGAAACUGAUCAAGGAAUCGGGAAAUCAGUUUGUCCGGUACAAUACUCGGCACCUCAGCCGCAUCUAUCCGCAGGGCCUGAAGGUGAACUCUUCCAACUACAACCCUCAGGAAAUGUGGAAUGCGGGCUGUCAGCUUGUGGCACUUAAUUUCCAGACACCAGGCGUAGAGAUGGACUUAAACGAUGGGCGCUUUUCCGUUAAUGGCAAUUGUGGCUAUGUGCUAAAGCCUGCUUUUCUACGCAACACCCAAAGUUCCUUUGAUCCUGAGGCUCCUGGUCGUAGAGCUGGCCAGCGCCCUGUUGCCCUCACCAUCAAGGUGAUCACUGCUCAACAGCUACCCAAACUGAACAAAGAGAAGAACUCUUCAAUUGUGGAUCCCUUUGUGCGCAUUGAAAUCCAUGGAGUUCCGGCUGAUUGUUGCAAGAAGCAAACUGAGUACCAGUUAAACAACGGAUUCAAUCCACGUUGGAAUGAGACACUAACAUUCCAAGUACGAAUUCCAGAGCUGGCGCUGGUACGAUUUGUAGUCGAGGAUUAUGACACAACUUCCGCCAAUGACUUUGUGGGACAGUUUACUCUGCCACUGCUCAGCCUAAGGGAAGGCUACCGCCAUAUACAUCUACUCUCCAAGGAUGGCACGUCUCUGUCCCCAGCCACACUUUUUGUGCACGUCAGAUGUAAGAAGAUGUGAACAACAAUCCAAGUCUAACUCGCCCCAUGCCAGAAUAGAUGAGCUAUUGUGCUCGUUCUGAAUACCACCAGUUAUUGAAGCAGGCGUGUGCAUCUGGGCAACAUGGGAAAAGAAUCGGGCUUGGGACAGGAGCGCAACAUCAACUUUUGCUUGUAGGCUCCUGGUCACCUUAGUGCCAGAGAACUGUGCCUUUGGUGCUUUAAUGUGGAUACAAAAGCCAAGCCAUAUAUAAUGAUUUCUAGAAUGCCAUUUCUGGAUACAUUUUGCCUCAGGAAAGAGGCUUUGAGCCAUCCUCAUUUCCCUGCAAAGGUCUGCAGAAGACAUUCAGGGUGGAGACGCUGUGCCUUGUUUUGUGUGACUGUCACUUAGCUCUUACAAGGAGCAGCUAACGGAAGGAUUAGUAGGAUGUCUUACUCCUUCAGCAGGUCCAGAGAAUGGGAACUGGACAUUUCAGAAGGAGCUGUGAGAAGAAACAGAGGAUUGAAAGCUUUUGGUGGGUGAACGUGGUAAAAAUGUGCUGGGAGGUGCCUACGAGGCAAAGGAUGCAUGCUACAGAUUGAACUGAGGCCUGAGCUGGCCCAUAUGGGACAAUGUAGGUUUGGGAUCGGGCUGGAAUGGCACAUGCUUUGAUAGGAUGCGGAAUUGGCUGUGCGUACUUUCAGAAUGUGAAAUUGGUUGUGCAUCUUUAAGAAAUGGAAGCAUCAGUACUUCUCAGCUAUGGCACACGAUUUAAAUCAGUCCAAAGAUUGCUGUCCUGGCAGUCAGCUAGAAAACCUUGCUUAGCAAAAAUGCAGAUUUGUAUCACAAGUUGUACACUUAAUCCAAAAAAACCUGCACCACACUUUGGCUAGAGCAGAAUUAAAUUAUCCAGUAGUUCUGA